CCAGCGGAAGUGACGUUUUCCCUUUUCCAUCAUGGCGGGCACAGGGGAUCCCACAUGGAGAGAAAGUGCAAGGGAGGAAGAUGAAGACAUGGAGGGGACCGAGAGUGAAGAAGAGGAUGACGGAGAUGAGAUCAUGGAGGAGAACGAAGAGGAAGAUAAAGACGAAGGUCCCAAGAGAGUGUACCUACCCGGUGUGGAACCCCUGGAUGAAGGAGAGGAGCUGGUGAUGGACCAUGAUGCCUAUAUUCUCUAUCACCAGGCGCAGACAGGUGCCCCAUGUUUAAGUUUUGAUGUCAUUCUGGAUGAUUUAGGAGACAAUCGUUCAGACUUCCCUAUGACCAUGUUCCUCUGUGCUGGCACUCAGGCCGACACCGCUCAAGGCAACAGGUUGUUGGUAAUGAAGAUGCACAACCUGCAUCGGACCAGCAAAGAGAAGAAAGACAAUUCGGAUUCUGAGAGCAGUGAAAGUGAAGAUGAAGAGGAGGAGGAGGAUAAAAAGCCACAACUGGAGCUGGCCAUGGUUCCACACUAUGGAGGCAUUAACCGUAUUCGGGUCUCUACGCUGCUGGACACUCCUGUAGCUGCAGUUUGGUCAGAAAAGGGUCAGGUGGAAAUCUAUGAUCUACAAAAGCAGUUGGCAGCUGUGUCGGACUCCCAGACCCUGGCUACCUUUCUGAAAGAAGAACAAGCCAAAAUCAAACCAAUGUUCUCAUUCUCUGGCCACAUGACAGAAGGCUUUGCCAUGGACUGGUCUUUGAAGACAGCAGGGAUGUUAAUUACUGGUGAUUGUAACAAAAACAUACAUUUGUGGAACCCAAAAGAAGGAGGAACUUGGAAUAUUGAUCAAAGACCAUUCACUGGCCAUACUAAAUCAGUGGAGGAUCUUCAGUGGUCUCCUAAUGAAGCCACGGUUUUUGCUUCUUGCUCAGUUGACAAAUCAAUUCGUAUUUGGGACAUUCGAGCGGCUCCUAAUAAGGCAUGCAUGCUGAUAGCCAACGAGGCUCAUGAAAGCGAUGUGAAUGUGAUCAGCUGGAACAGCACUGAGCCUUUUAUCCUCAGUGGAGGAGAUGAUGCUGUUCUGAAAAUCUGGGACUUGAGGCAAUUUCAGAAAGGAGUCAGUGUGGCAAAGUUUAAACAGCACACAGCACCUAUCACGUCUGUCGAGUGGCACCCUACUGAUAGUGGUGUAUUUGCUGCGGCCGGUGCCGACGACCAGAUCACUCAAUGGGAUCUUGCUGUGGAAAGGGAUCAGGAUCAGGAAGGAGAAAGUGAAGAUCCUGCAUUGUCCUCUAUUCCACCACAACUGCUGUUUGUUCACCAAGGAGAAAAAGACAUUAAGGAGUUACACUGGCACCCACAGUGUCCUGGCCUAGUCGUCAGCACAGCUCUGUCUGGUUUCAAUGUAUUUCGCACGAUCAGUGUGUGAGGACUUUGCUCCUUCUAGAGCUAUGGACAUCCAAUGCC